AUGCAAUCAUUGCGCUGUCGGAAACCAGUUGUUAUGGGAACCUUCAACGCAUGCACAGCGAGAGAAGAAGCGAGGUUGAUAGAACUUGCACAUUGUGCAGAGGAACGGGGAGUGGAGAUCCUGGGGGUCCAAGAACAUAGGAGAGUGCACACUGAUGACCUAAUACUGUACCACAUAGUGGAGAGAUGCACGUUUAUUUCCACAUCAGCAUGGAGGUACGAUGCCCAAGCCGCAACAGGCGGUGUAGGGUUAAUGCUGGGCCCACGGGCACGUAAGGCUCUACGUCGGGUUUACCACCACACCGACAGGAUCAUGUGUGCAGAGUUCUCGGGUAACCCAGUAACAACAGUCAUAGUCGUGUACUCAACCACCAACGUGGCGCCAUCUGACGAGGUGGAGAAGUUCUUUGAGGACCUUGUAAGAGCGGUCCGCGGCGUCCCAACGCACAACUUCCUGGCAAUUCUUGGGGACUUCAAUGCGAGGCUUGGACCAGAGGAUGUACCCUUCCCCUACCAUGACUCUACCAACCACAAUGGCACCUACCUCACUGCCUUCCUCACGGAGCACAAGUUAAUGGCGGCAAAUACCAUCUUCCGGAAGAGAACAGGAUAGAGGUGGACCUUCCGGGACCGAGCCUAAGGAACGCUACGGCAGCUAGAUUACAUCCUAGUGAGGAAGAAGUGGAGGAACUCCAUUAUGAAUGCUGAGCCAUACAGCACUUUUAGUUCUGUGGGCUCAGACCAUCGCGUGGUCUCAAUGAGAGUUCGCCUGAGCCUCAGGGUUCCCAAACCAAGUCCCAAAAUACAGUAUAACUGGAAAGCUUUCUCAAGUGACCCUGGCCUUCUAACCAGAAACACAGAGGAAGUGAGGAGACAAUUCCAGCAGCUGGACAGGGGAGCGGAGGCAAGCGGCGAAUACAGGAGAUUCAUCACAGUAAACGAGGAGGCGACCAGACUGUGCAUAAGAUGGAGAAAGUCAGAACCUCCCUGCGAUCAAAACAUCCAGAGGUCAUAG